UGCUGAGCCAUCCUCUCCAUGACCCGCCCAUCCGUCGCUGCUGUUCCCUGAGUCCGGUCAGGUGUUCGCCGUUCACAGACGUAAACUUGGCAUUUUGAAAACUGUCAGGAUUUCUUGACGGGACAAAACACAAUCGAGGCUAUGCUCAGACGGAUACUGCAAAUGACUCCCGGGAAGGGAGGGUCCCAGAAUGCAGAGUCAGAGCAGCCCAGCACCGACCUUAACCACGAUCAGACAUCUGAGGGCUUCAUCUGUCCUCAGUGCAUGAAGUCUCACAACUCUGCAGAGGAGCUGUUCAAGCACUAUGAGCUGUUCCAUGAUACCGGAGACCUCCCUGCUCACGUGGCCCCCACUAGGGAAGACCUCACAAUGCUGCGGCAGGAGGUCCAGGACCUGCACACUUCUCUCAAGGAGGAAAGAUGGUUCUCUGGUGAGCUAAAAAAGGAGUUAGACAAAGUCCAAGGACACCUGAAGCAGAACGAUGGGCAGAUGAGCGCGGAUGAUUCAGUACUUGAAAGGAAGCUGAAUGAAGCUGAGACAGAGAAGUUCAACAUCAAACAGAUGAAAGACCUGUUUGAGCAGAAGGCUGCCCAGCUGGCCACAGAGAUAGUAGAUUUGAAGUCCCGUUACGAUGAGGAGAAAAGCCUCAGGGAGGCUGCUGACCAGAGAUUAGCCAAGUUGAACGAACAACUGCAGGAAGCGAAGGAGGAGAACGAGCGACUCCAAACAGAGCUGCUGCAGCGACCGGGCGUUGAGGAUGUCGAGGUUCUGCAGAAGGAGCUGGUCCAGGUGCAAACGCUGAUGGACAACAUGACCCGUGAGAGGGAGGAAGAGUCAGAGCGCCUCAAAAACCAUUAUGAGCAACUGCAGGCUAAUUACACUACCUCAGAGAUUCGUAAACUGGAGAUGACCAUAUCCCAACUGAAGGCAGAGCUGGAGAAGGGUCCUCAGGAAGCAGCCGUCUACACGCAACAGAUUCAUGAGUUGCAGAGCAAUUUGAAUAACUUGCAGCAGCAAAGUCAGAGCCUGUCUGAAAAGCUUGCACGCAAGGAGAAGGAGUAUCAAGAUCUGGAGGAGCAUCUAGGGGCUGAGAAAGCUUCCAAGAAGGAAGUCCAAGAAAGCCUGAGGGAAAGGGAAUUAGAAGUGCAAGAGCUGCAGGCUCGGGCCACAGGGGCUGAGGCGUCCCUGCACAAAGCCCAGAUGGAGGUCUCAGAGAGGGCUGAAGAGGUGGCAAAGUUGAAGAGUGAGAUUACAGAGCUAGAGGUGAAGCAUGCAGAGUUAAAGGUUGAGAGGAAACAGCUGGAACAGCAGCGGGAAGAAAAGGAAAGCCAAGGUGCUCAGCAGCAGACUGAGAUCAGUCAGCUGCAUGCCAAACUGUUGGAGGCAGAGAGGCAGCUGGGUGAGGUGCAAGGUCGAUUGAAAGAACAGAGGCAGCUGUCGGGGGAGAAACUCAAGGACCGCGAGCAACAAGCAGCCGACCUGCAGCUCAAACUCUCCCGUGCAGAGGAACAGUUGAAGGAGAGUGCCAGUAAGAGCACAGACCUGCAGCACCAGCUGGAGAAAGCCAAGCAGCAGCACCAGGAGCUGCAGGCACUGCAGCAAAACACCAACGGCAAACUCCGCGAGGCGCAGAAUGACCUGGAGCAGGUGUUGCGUCAAAUCGGAGAUAAAGACCAGAAGAUACAGAACCUGGAAGCUCUGCUUCAGAAGAGUAAAGACACAGUGAGCCAGGUAACGCAGUUGACAGACAAGCUCAAGAACCAAUCAGAGAGCAACAAGCAAGCACAAGAUAAUCUACACAAGCAGGUCCAGGAGCAGAAGACUCUGCUCCGCUCGGCCCAGGACCGAGCUCAUACCCUGGAGACUUCAGUCACUGAACUCACCACCCAGCUCACGGAGAGCAAGGAGAAAGUGGCCCAGUUGGAUACUCAGCUGAAGGCAAAGACAGAGCUGUUGCUCUCUGCAGAGGCAGCUAAGGCUGCACAGAAAGCAAACCUCGAGAACAGCCUGGAGUCUGCCCAACAUGCACUACAGGACAAGCAGCAGGAGCUGAAUAAGGUUCAGAAGAACCUGGAGGAUCAUGGCCAACGGCUCAAAGAGAGACAAGAGCAGUGCACACAACUGGAAAGCAGUCUGAAGGAAUGCAAAGACAAGCUACUGGCCUCAGAGCAGCGGAUAGAGCAGCUGGAGGGACUCGGCAAGAAAUUGGAGUCACAGGUAGGGGAGAUGCAGGCUGCACGGGAUCAGGCGCAGCAGGAACUGCAGCAGCUGCAGAAGGAAAGUUCAGAAGUUAAAAAGAAAGCCAAGGAGCUACAACGCUCGCUGGAGACUGAGAAAGCAGGUGCUACAAGUCUGCAGGAGGAAUUAAAGAAAAAGGCAGGUACCUUGAGUGAUGUCCAACAGAAGCUAGCACAAUCCGAGCAGGGGAUUGCUACUUUGAAGGCAAACCUGGAAAAGGUGACCCAGGAGGGAAAGUCUCAGCAUGCAGAGCUGGAUAAAAAAACUCAGAGUCUGGCAGCAGAGUUACAAAAGGCACAAGAGGAAAAAAAGGCUCAACAAAAGGAGCUUGCAGCUACUCAGGAGAGUCUCGGAAAGGCUAACAAGGCACUGAAAGAGAGUCAGAGUCAACUGGACACUGAGAGGAAGAACCAUAAAUCAGCUAUAGCAGAGAAGGAUAAGUCUAAUGAAAAAGCAAGACAGGAGCUUCUGAAAAAUAAUGACUCCAUCACAAAGGCAAUGAAGGAAUCCAAAGAACAGCUGGAGCAGAUGAGAGAGUCAGAGAAGCAGCUGAAAGUGCAGCUGACCUCAUUAGAACAGCAGCACACAAAGACUCAGGAGACACUGAGGGAAAAGGAGAACGAGCUGGAAAAACUGCGGACGCAACUGAAGAUGACCCAGGGAUCUUUGGAAGAAGAGAUUAAGAAACUGAAUGGCCAAGUGACAGAGCUAAAGGAAGCUGGUGUCAAGAAAGCACAAGAAGAAAAUAAGCUGAGGGCACAGGUGUCAGGGCUCGGCCAGGAGCUGACCUCCGAGAAGAGCCGGACAGCAGAGCUGCAGAAGGCCUUGGAGCAAAGCAAGGAAAACAUCAGUAAGCUUCAGUCUGACGUGUACGGAAAAGACUCUGAGGUUUCUGCCCUCCGUCAGGAUCUCAAGGCGUCUGAGCAGAAACUGAGCGUGGCUCAGGAGGAGCUGGCUGCUAAUCAAACCCAUCAGUCAGGCUUAGAGUCCCAGAUCCAGGACUUGAAAUCAGCCCGUAGCUCGCUGGAGCAGGAGCUUGCCAAACGGGACGAGAAGCUCCAACAGAAGGAGCAAAUCCUGAAGGAGUUGCAGAAGCAAAAGGGUCAAGUUAAGGAGGAGCUGGACAGGGAGAAGAGCAAUGUGGAGGAGCUGAACAAAGCAAAGAGUGUCCUGGAGAAGAACAACAGCAGGCUGACUUCAGAGUUAAAGACACUAACAGAGAAGAGCGAGAAGGAGCUCGGCGAAUUGCAGGAAGCCAAACAGCUGUUGAUCCAGCAGAAACUUGAGCUGCAGGCUCAGGUGGAGGCAGCACAGGGUGCUCUCAAGCAGGAGCAGAAGGAGCACCAGACCACCAAGGAUGGCAGGAGUGAGAGGGAGGAGCAGCUCCUAGCCCAAAUCGGGGACGCUCAGGAUCAGCUGGCAGCAGAGAAGAAGAGAUGGCAAGAGCAGGUGAAACGUGGGGAGGAGGCAGAAGCUAAGAUGGGUUUGCAGGUGACAGCCCUGAAUGAAAACGUGGCCACGUUGAAGAGGGAAUGGCAGGGCAGCCAGCGGAGAGUCGGCGAACUCGAGAAACAGACGGAUGAGCUGAGAGGAGAAAUCGCUGUGCUGGAGGCCACCGUGCAGAACAACCAGGACGAGCGACGGGCUCUUUUGGAAAGGUGCGUGAAGGGUGAAGGUGAGAUCGAGAAGCUCCAGGCCAAAGUGGUGGAGCUAAGGAGGAAACUGGAUGACACGACGGCUGCCAUGCAGGAGCUCGGCAGAGAGAACCAGUCGCUUCAGAUCAAACAGUCACAGAGUCUGACCAGAAAGUGGGCUGAGGAUCAUGAAGUGCAGAACUGCAUGGCCUGUGGGAAAGGCUUCACCGUCACAGUCAGGAAGCACCACUGCAGACAUUGUGGAAACAUCUUCUGUGCCGAGUGUUCGUCAAGGAACGCCCUCACUCCAUCCUCUAAAAAGCCAGUACGCGUGUGUGAGACCUGCUUCGAGGAGCUCCAAGGCUGAUUUUCUUUUGUUUUCCCCCCUCUCAUUUCUUUAACCCUACUUACCCGCCCACUCCUACCUCCCCCCAUCCCUACCCUUCCCUUCAUCCCUACCCUACCCUUUCUAUUCCAAUGGGCAGAAGAAGGCAUGUCUUUGUCAUUUUUAAUGUGCACUAUAAAGGACAGACGCUGUGCAAAGACUCCCACCUGAAUGUGACCUCUGACUCUGGUGUGGAGGGAAACGAGGAAAGGAUUUUUGCUGAGGAAACACCGGAGCCGUGCGAUGGGUCGGGGUAGGACUGGUUGGGAUUGUCUGUAUCUGUUUUUGUGCCUUUGCUACUCCUGUGGACUGCCAGAGAGCGGAGACAGUGAAAAUCAAAACACCUACCAUUUCUUUUAAGUUCGUAUCCCACUAGUAAGUUAUAAGGCAUACGUUGUGAAAUGUUUGGCAUCAUAUUUGUUAAGACACUGCAAAAGUGAGUAUUGUAAAAGUGAUGUUGUAAUCUGCCCUGCAAAGGUAAAUGCAGUUAACUAGUAUUUGCUUUUUAUCGCUACAAAGCUCUGCAGCAGGCCCAUCACAAAGAUAUGUGAGUUCUAAUUUUGUUGCAAGAAAACUCUUAAAAACUUAAGCAAUCUUGCAUUUUUGUAUACGUCACCUCUCAAAGUGUAAAAA